GUGCGACAAAAUUUAAGGAAAAACAAUGCUAUUUCAGUUGAUUUAUCGGCUUGACGCCUUGCAAUCUGGCGACGGAUGGGGGUAAUGGUUGGUUUUGAGCGUUCCUCUUUUUCUUUUUCUGUUUUCUUUGUGUCUUGGUAGUCAGGAAGUAGGUUCGAUUUGCGGGAAUCGCUUGACUGAUCACUUGAAUCUCGUUCCUGGCGAUUGUGGGGUUCGACUUUUUUUUUUCAUAUGCAACGGCAGGAAUGUGUACUGAGGCAAGGGAAUAAGAUGUCAAGGGGGGCGAGUCAUCCUUGACAUAGGCGAAGGAAAGAAAGAGAGAAAAGAAAGCAAGAAAGGAAAAAAACGAAAAAAAAAAAAAAAACUCGCAAAAGGUCGCGGCAACGAAAGGACUUUUGAUUCAUGGCAACAUAGAAAGGCCCCCCUCCCCCCCUACCUCCCCCUCCCCAAAGGCCAAGGUCUCCCGCAUUCCCGGAAGGGCGCUUGGAGGGCAAGGGCCAGGGGGGGUCACGCUGCUCCCCCCUCCCCCCCCCGAGGAUGAGGCAUGGGGGCCGGGUGCUCCUUGAGCCGGCUGGUGAAGGUGCCGGGCGCGGUGGCGGCGGCCCCGAGCGGCCCCUCGCCCAACGGACACUUCCACCGCAGCAGGCAGUGCCUCUGCAUCGGCGGCACGCUCAUCGACCUGCGGAAGCCGGACAGCGGGAAGCUCAUCGUCGAGGCUCUCCUGCGGGUGCAAGAACCAGCAGCUAGACGACCCGGCACCAACAUCACUAAUCAGGUCAAUUCACGCAGCACGUCGUUAACAAAGUCCUCGGGCACUAGUGUAUCAAAGCCAUCCGUAGGGGGCAAUAAAGCAGGUGGAGAUACAGGUAGCAAAGGCAAGAGCAAAAGACCGCCAUGGGACCUCAAAGGCCGUCUGCAGGACAUGGAAGCCCUGGUGAAGAACUCGGCAGAGGAACGCGAGAACUUAUUGCACAAGUUCAUGGACUAUGACAUGCGCAUUGAGAGUCUGGAGCUGGAGAAGAGGAGCCUCAACCAGAACCUGGAGAAGACGCAGAGUGUAUCGCAGGCCACGCGGGAUGAGGUUGAUCGACUGGCUUCCAAUCUGAGAAAUGAACAAGAUGGGAGGAGUGCCGACAAGAGGAAAUAUGAAAGUACAAUUCAGGACUUAGAAUUCAGUAAAGCCACACUUGAACGUCAAAUCAAAACGCUUGAGGCAGAACUUUCUGCCAGACAAGAUGAGCUGGCGGGACUAAAGUCAACUGUUUCUCAUCUAACAAGUGCACAUGCUGGCAUUGAAGCUCGGCUUUCGUCAACAAAGAUAAUGCUUGACGACCGAAGCAAACGAGUAUCCGAGCUUGAGUCUCAGGUCGCCACGCAGAAAGACACCAUCGAAGACUUGGAGAAAAAGAUGCGUGAAGGAGAAAAUGUCAGACGGAAGCUUCAUAACACCGUCCUAGAAUUGAAGGGUAAUAUUCGUGUCUUCUGCCGAGUGAGACCACUGCUUGGGGAAGAGAUCAAGGGAAAUGGAGACAGUGACGUUAUCCAUCACAUCAGCUUUGUUGAUGAGAAGACUCUUGAACUGUGCAAGGGUGGAGAUCCCAACAGCAGCACGAUGUCAGGGCUCAAAGGGCGAGGAGGAGGAGCCAUCGAGUUCUCGUAUGACCGAGUCUUCAACCCAACCAGCACUCAGGCUGAAGUGUUUGAGGAGAUCUCACAGCUGUCUCAGUCAGCCCUGGAUGGCUACAACGUCUGCGUCUUUGCCUACGGACAGACUGGUUCUGGAAAGACCUUUACGAUGGAGGGAAUACACGGGGAUGAGGCGCUGGAGGGGAUGAUCCCACGCACUGUCAAGCACAUUUUCAGGACCUUGAAGGAUCUCGAAGACAAGGGCUGGACCUACAAGGUAGAGGCAAGCUUUUUAGAAAUCUACAAUGAAACCAUAAGAGAUCUUCUGGCCACUCCCAAGGAAGCCAAGAAUCUUACCUACGACUUGAAGCUUGUUGACAGCAAGAAAAAUGAUACCUUUGUGACCAAUCUGAAGGUUGUUGAAGUAGAGAAUGAGAGCCGUGUCCACCACCUUUUGACUCUGGCGCAGCAGCAGAGAGCUGUAGCAGCCACUAACAUGAAUGAGAGAUCCUCACGUUCUCACUCAGUCUUCCGGCUUAAACUCACAGGACACAAUAGCAAAACACUGGAGUCUUGUGAAGGUAACUUGAAUCUGGUUGACCUGGCUGGAUCAGAGAGACUGAAGGAGUCAGGCUCAGAGGGAGCAAGACUUACAGAAACACAGAACAUCAACAAAUCUCUGUCCAAUCUUGGCAAUGUCAUUAUGGCUCUGGGUCAGAAGCAAGGUCACAUUCCCUACCGCAAUUCCAAACUGACGCACCUUCUACAAAACUCUCUCGGGGGCAACUCCAAGACACUCAUGUUUGUCAACGUGUCCCCCUUGGAAAUGUGCUUCGGCGAGACUUUGAACUCUCUCCGCUUCGCAACCAAGGUCAACCAGUGCCACAUCGGAACGGCAACGAAGCAGAUCAGGAAAUAAGUCUGAGGAUCGUUUGCAUGGGUUAUCGCUGUUGUUGGUUCACUGAUUGAAUUUGUGCGACAGGUAAUAUGGUUUGUUUAAGAGAGAUGUCUUAAAUCUUCAUUAUUUUUACCUUUUCUUUUUUUAACUCUACAUGUGUAGUGUUUCUCCACUGUUUAUGGUAAAUGCUUCUAUACAUACUUUGUUUAGCCUUAGUAGGUAUGGUAGCAUUGCAGCCAUUUGCAGUGAAAAUAAUGUUAGCUUUCACUGGAUGAAGAAAUUCAGUGUUUCUGUAGAUUUAACAGAUAGAUUGUGAAUGCUUACUAUUUAUAUUUUUUCAAAGAGCCCAAGAAACUUUUUAGAUAUUGCAAUAACAACUUUCUGCCAAGGGUUAUGGGAGCAUUUUUAUUUAUACUUUUAGAUUAAAGUAGAGUGUUUAACAGUAUAUUUCAUCAAAGAACAAAUAAGUAGAGAAUGAUUCGAAGGUGUAUAUAGCUUGUAUUUUACCGUGUCUUCUUCAAUACUCUAUUUUAUGUAAAGAGUGGCAGUAUGAGUGAAUGUUCGUGAGUGACUGAUUUAUGGCUUUCACUGAGAAAGAUGAGGAGAAAAUAUUUUUUUCUUUUUCUUUUUCUUUUUUAAAUUUGUGGAUUACAGAUGAUGAUUACCUUAGACAUGCAUCUGUUUUACUGUCCUAUUUUGAUGCCUAAUUUUUCUCUUUUCUCUCUUCAGAGAUAGGAUUAAUUUUUAUCAUAGAAUAGUAAUAGAAAUACUAAUCACAGAAAUGAUCUCUAUAUCUGCUUUUAAGGAACAAACAUGACUGCUUUAUCUUGCUAAUCACAAAGGAAAGUGUAUAUAUAUAUGUAUAAUUGUUAAAAUUAAUGUUGCCUAGAGCAAAUAUGUUCUAAACCAAAUAACUUUAUAAUUUUGGCCAUUUUCUGAAAUAUAGAAGUCAAGUUGUCAUUUUUGUACAAAAUUUUCCUUGCUUCCUGUUCUGUCUCUUUUUGACACUGAUUGUAUACAAAGAAAUUUAUACCGAUUCUUUCAACCUGUAAAGAUGUGUCUAAAUCACACAUGAAUAUAAUAAAGGAUUGAAUUGUAUCAUUA